AACAGAAUUUGAGAGCAACUAUAUUUAGGAGAUUAACCCAUAUGUUCUUUUUGCAUAUAUUUUUAUAUAUAUACACACACACGCAUAUAUAUUCUUUCGUCCUUUUUUCAUACCCCAUGCCUUUCCAUUUUUUACAUAAAAACAUAAAUAUAUAUAUAUAUAUAAAUCCAUAAAUUCAUUUUGUUUUCUUUUUCAAGUUUUGUUUGAAGCUCUUCUGUUCAACCCCAAUAGAAUCCAUCAACCCCUUGUCUCACGCAUACUAUAAUUAGAAAUCCACCCCAUAAAACCCAAUUCAAACAAUUAAAAACAAAUCAAAAUUGACCGACCAAAUUACCAACAUAAAAUAUACCCAUCCAAAAACCCACCCUCCUCGUCCUCUCCUCCAAAACCACCCUUUUUUUUUUUUUUUUUCUUCUCCUUCUUCAAUUAAAAUAAAAAUAAAAACCGCUUUUUCUGGGCUUACAACCUCCUCAAAACCGGUUUUCCGGUACCCAAAGGUGGUUUUUGUUUCAAUUUCGUAAACUUCAUUUUUUUCUUUUUUUCUUUUUUUCUUUUUUUAAUUUUUUUUUCUUAAAAGAAAAAUAGAAGAAAGUGGUGGUGGCUGAGAACUGCGGGAGGGUAAUUAUUCUGUGGUUGAAGAAGGCGGCAUUCGCUAACGUGAGCCGGAGGCGUAAAGUAAAGUUAGAAGAGAAAAAGGUGGUGGUGGUGGUGGUGCCGGACAGAGAGAGAGAGAAAGAGAGGGGUUGGGUUUGUUUGGUUUGAUCGGAUCGUACACGUGGAGAAUGGAGACGGAGGAGAUUGGGAGGAGAUGGGGCACAUGGGAAGAGCUGUUAUUGGGUGGGGCCGUGCUCAGGCACGGAGACCGAGACUGGAAUGUCGUUGCCGAUGAAGUCCGAGCCCGUUCCCUUUGCCCCUACACUUUCACCCCCCAGGACUUUGUUUGAGGAGCUGCGAAAGAAGCGAAUGGAAGAAUUGAGGCAAGCUUUAGAGCUAUCUGAAGACUCAAUAGGAUCUCUGGAAACAAAACUUGAAACUCUCAAGGCUGAGAAAGGAGAUUGUGGUCAGAUCAACUAUGACUCCAGCCAAACAGAGUCACCUGUACCUUUCCAAAAAUCGGAAGGAUUUGUAUCUUCCAGUAAGGAGACUUCGAAAGAUGGGCUAUCUGCUGGCAGUUUCACUCUGGAAACUAGGACAAGCUGGUCCUCUGAAUGUCAGAUUCCAGCUGCUGUCUUAGCAGAAGAGAUUGAGACUAAGCCUGAAGCUUUACACUCUUCUAAGCUGGACAAAGUCUCGAUCAUUGAGAAGUUGGUAGAAAAUGCAUGUGGAAGACAAAGAGGGACUGUAAAGAAGAGAAGAGGGAAGAGAAAGAGGAAGGAUUGUAGUAGGGAUGUUAAAGAAGGUAGUGUUGGAGAUAGUGGCCUUCUAGAUUCAGGUGAUGCUGUAACUGUCUCCCGGUCCAAAGAAAAUUCAACCAGCAACUGUUGUGAGGUUUCUAGAUCUUGUGGUUUAGAUGAUCAAAAUGGAGGUUCAGCCAAGGAUGAGGUAGACCAUCUGAUGAGGGUUUUUAGUUCUAUUUUGGAGCAUAAAAGUGCAUCAACCUUUCGCCGCCGGCUUGAUAGCCAGAAAAGAGGAAGAUAUAAGAAAAUGAUUAGGAAGCACAUGGACUUUGACACUUUAAGAUCAAGAAUUGCAAGUCGCUCCAUCAUAUCGGUUAAGGAAGUCUUUCGAGACGUGCUGCUGCUUGCUAACAAUGCUUUAGUCUUUUACUCGAAGAACACACGCGAAUACAAAUCUGCUCUACUUCUCAGAGACUUCACCAUCAAAACAUUGCGGCCGCAUUUUGAUGAUUCUAGCACCAACACCAAUGCAUUAUCUGCCAACCUCUCCCCGAAAACAACAAUGUAUAAUCCUCCUGUUAAACCCCGAAGCAUUCGCCAUGGCAUUAGAAAGUCACCGGAAAAGGCAAGCACUCCUGAGAAUGCUGGCAAGAAGACUUCAAAUGCAGCAGGUAAAAAACAAAGUGACACCAACACCAUUUCGGUGGUGGAUUCGUUGGCCAUGAAAAAGAAAAGUUUUGGUAGGCCUAAGAAAAUAGGACGUAAAAAUAAGGCUCAGCAAUCCCAAACUCCCACCAAGGGAAGAAAAAGAGGUAGAACAAGGUAAAACGUAUUGUAAAUUGGUUUUUCCACGUUUUGCUUUUCCAAAGCCAGGUAUAGAUAGAUUCAGGCUGUAAAUUUGGCUAAUUGGGUCUUGUAAGAUCUUUGUUGUAUAUAAUUUUGCUUUGUUUUUUUUUUUUUUUUAUUAUUUUUUUAAUCCCGUGGUUAAGGCACUUCCAGCGUUGGCCUGUAAUAGAAGUGAGAAACAAUAAUGUGUAAUUUCUUUUGAAUUUUGGUAGUGAGACUGAGAAAUAAAUAAACAGCUCAUAACGAUGAAAGUUUAUUAA